AUGACUCACGCGAACUUUCCAUCCUUUGACGAUCUGCCUUUGGUGAAAGACGGACCUCCUGGAAAUGCAUGGGGCCUUUUCGGGUCUCAGGAUGAGCUCGGGAUGCUGAACCUGCUGACUGAGCGCGUUGUUGCUGAAGCAGCACAAGAAAUCAAGGACGGAAAGCGUUUUCACCUAGAUUGGUCAAUGGACAUGCCGUCGUCCCCUGCAUUUGGCCGUCAACAAUUCCAGCACCAUUUGCUACACUCGGACGAGCCCACCUUUAUGAAUGACGAUACGUUGACUUUCAAUACACAGAGCUCAACUCAGUGGGAUGGGUUUCGUCAUUAUGCCUACCAACGCUCAAGACUGUUUUAUAAUGGUCAUAGACAGGAGGAGUUCCAAACCUCACCAAUAUUAGGAAUUGACCGCAAGUUUUGUGGCCCGCAUUCCAUUACUCUACUGACACUGGCAGGGUGGGUGAAGAAAGGGGGCAUCAUCGGCCGAGGAGUUCUCCUCGACUGGGCCAGCUGGGCCGCUGCCAACGGGAUCGCGAUCACCCCGUUCGAAUCUGCGCCGAUCAAGUUAGAGCACUUAGUCAGCAUUGUGGCGGAACAGGAUAUCAAAUUCAAGACCGGGGAUAUACUCUUUGUUCGUUGCGGAUACGCCGACGCAUACAGCCGCUUGUCACCGCAAGAACGAGAAGAAUUUCCUCGUCGCAAGCCAGGAGGUAUGCUGGGUCUCGAGGCGACUAAAGACUCGCUACGGUGGUUGUGGGAAAACCGCUUUUCGGCAGUGGCGGGAGAUUCACCCAGUUUUGAACGCGGCUCUGUCUUGGGCAGCUACAAUGAUCCCGAUGUCACCGUCCACCAAUGGCUACUGGCCGGCUGGGGCAUGCCGAUAGGAGAGAUGUUUAACCUCGAAGGAGUCUCAGCGCACUGCCGAAAAACUGGCCGAUACAGCUUCUUUGUAUCGAGCGUGCCGAUUCAUGUUCCUGGAGGCGUGGCGAGCCCGCCAAAUGCUGUGGCAAUCUUCUGA